CACCACAAAGUAUAUAAAGGCUCAGGAGAGUUGUAGUCAACAUUUUAUUACGAAUAAACUGUAAUCGACAUCAACUUUUUGCACAGGAACACUUUAACAUAAGAAGAGAAAUUAUGCAGAGCCCCGGUGUCUUAACCGGGUUGCUCGCUGCUGCUUUACUAGUCAGCGUGUCUGGAAGGUUCUGUCAGUACCCACCAACCUGGCGAACCACCAGUGAAGAUCAGCCAAUGUUGAACACGCGUGGCAAAGUAACAGUAGUGGCACUACUGUUGGCUACAUGACCCAUGUGUCAGCAUCAAGCGGCAGGGCUGGAGACUAUUCGUCAAGAAUACAUCGCCCAGGGCCGUACAGAAAUCAGUUUUAUGAUUAUCAAUUCCAAAGAAGUCCCUGAACAAAUUGGACAACUUUCCAGCAGAACUAACUUUCCUGUGUACCAAGAUACAAACGCUACAAACAUAUGGAACAAACUAAAUGGCGGGAAAGAUGACGUAUUGAUAUAUGAUAGAUGCGGCAAAUUAGUUUACUUUAUACCGUUUCCAUCAAGCUUGUUGCGUUACCAUCUUACUGAUUGGGCGAUCCGUACUGCAUACGAUACAGAUCCAUGCGGAUGUCAACGAACCAUACGUAGAUCACGCCGACGUCGUAGAAGACACAACCACGAACGUCAUAGUCAUAGGUCAGGAAGUAACGCAAUUGUCGUAGGAAUGGGAAGAUCGGCAGUAAGAGACAUGAAUCGUACCCCAAAUUGAACUGGAAAUAGAUGAAACCGUCCAAUACCCACACAUAAAGUAAUUAGAAAAUUAUGAAAUAUUAUGAAAAAACAUUAUAGAAAUCAAAGAAACAGACGCGCAUGAGUUUGUCCGUCCGUUUCAUCAGAUCUAGAAAAUAACUGUGCUUGUAGACAAGCGUUUUUCCCUGAAAGACUAGGCUUAUGCUCUUGUGAGGAACUCAGUUUGACUGUUGUUCAAGAAUGUGUCUGAUUUAACUGAGAUUCAUUUUUAAGACGUCACUCUUUUCAUAGUGAAAUUGCUAGACCAAAUUGAGAAUUUUUGACUGACUGACCUUGUGAUUUUCAUACAGCUAACUCAUCUGCCACUUGUAGGUGACCUUUGGAUAUAUCAGACAACUCAUCUUGACAGUGACUAACUGAAGAGACUGGUGUUCAGGUAUGUUCAUGACCUCGAACAGAAGACACAUGCUCGUGACGAACGGAGGGUGAUAACGUUAGCUGACAGUGACCAAACCAGCAGGUAUGCAAGUGAUCACAAAGUUCCGGAACUUGACAAUGUUCAACAAAGAGAACUUCAAGUCCUUGACGAUGACAAAACAACGAAUCUGGAAAAAAGACAUGACAGUGAGAUCAUUUAUCUGGGAACUGUAUGUGACAAUGCAUAACUUCAGACAGUGGAGAACUUUCGUGAAACUGACCAAUUGGUGAAACCGUCUCUGCAGUAAUACGAUGACAAAGUACCCAGUCAGACGAACGCUGACAAUGACAAACAACCACGACUCACGUUGAACAAUGCCAAUGAACCAGUCCAAGAAGUAAUUCUCCGACAUGAAGAUGUCAGAGGAGAUGACAGUGACACAGCGAGGGACCAUCUUUGAACUGACACUGAUCAGGACAACAUUACGAGGCAGAAGUUUGUACUUGACCUAGUUCUGGUCGUAGGUCAACUAGAACUUGACAAUGUCACACUGUUGGUAAUGACUGACAAUGACAAGGAUUGACAUCAUCAGGGCAAACCUGAGAGGAGAGUCGCCAGGACGGACAGCUUUGACCUUGACGGACAAAAUGUCAGUGACAAGUAGGCGCGUGACGUUGACGUGAUGAAAAUGACGGACAUGGUAUUUGACUCUGACACCAUGCUUCACAGUCUUGACGGUGACAGAACAGUCACAUGCUUUCGUAAAGUGUUUCACUGGCGGGAUUUCCACUUUCUUUCAAAAUCUCAAAUAUUUUUAAACAUUAAAUUGAUUUGUGUAAUCUGUACUAUGAGGACACUUCGAGUUCACAGUUUAAUUGUUAACGAUGACGUUCCAAAAUUAAACGUUUAAACGAUAUUUUGAUGACUGAUUGCUGAACAGAUUAAACCGUGAACUCGUUGUGAGUAUGAUGAAAUUAUUAUUACUAAAUUAAAAUACUGUUGUUAAUUAUUUGAUGUUAGACCCGUUUAUAUUAUUGUAUCCUGUGAUCUUGAGAUUGGUGAUUGUCAGUAUGACGGGCCAUUACGAAACUACACAAUAGGGUAAUGGAUUAGAAUAACCGACAUAAAACCGAUCUUUAGAUUAUGUUUAUAUUGUUAUGUUUUGUUACAUUUAUAUAAUAAACAUUGGUUAACAAUUUGA